AUGGCAUCAAAUACAAUACAAAAAUCAUUUACAGAUGUUGAAGAUGAUCAAGCUGGCUAUUAUCAUAUAGUAUGGCUUGAUGAACACGUGAACAAUUUUUAUAAUCAACGAAAAUUAAAAAAAUUUGGUGAAAUUGAUCGAACAAUAAAAUCAUUUACAAAUACAGAAGAAUUUAUUGCUUAUAUACGACAACAAGAUGCUAAGCAGACAAUGGUUUACAUUAUUUUUAUUGUAUCUGGUGCUCUUAGUAAAGUAAUACCUACCAUAGAAAAGUACAAAUGUAUUCUUGCAAUUUUUAUUUUUUGUACGAAUAUUGACGAUUAUGAACAUCUGAAAUAUGAUAAGCUUCGAGCAAUUUGUACAGAUGCUAAUGAAUUAAUAAAUUGUAUUGAACUGCUUAUAGCUAGAAAUAAUAGAACAAUUGAUUUUAGUAUAAUGCCUGAUCAAUCAUCUACAAAUUCAAAUUCAAUACCAUCAAAAGAUCAAUAUCCAAUUCGAAAUUUAACAGACGAUCAAGCAAGUUUUCUUUGGUUUAAUCAAAUGCAUAAGUUUAUGAUUACAUUAGAAAAUGAUGACGAAACAAAAGCUAAAGCAGAAAUGAUUGAAUAUAGUCGUAAACACUAUAAAGAACAUAGUGGCAUGUUAAAUAAAAUAAAUGAAUUUAAUAAUCAAUCAUUAAUUGAAGAUCAACAAAAUGCUAUAUUUUGUUAUACAGAUAAUUCAUUUAUAUAUGAAUGUACGAAUACAGUCUUACGAAAAGAAAACAUUUCACAAGUUUAUUCUUGUCGUUACAUUAUUAAGUUACUUUGUCGUCAAUUGAAAGAACAACAUGAACAAUUUAUUAACGAAUAUAAUAGAAAAUCAAAAAAAAAAUCUUUACUUCGUCUCUAUCGUGGUCAAUCAUUGAAAUUAGAAUAUAUUCAUCUUCUUGGAACAAAUAUUAAUAGGUUAAUAUCUCUUAAUGGAUUCGUAUCAACAACAAAGGAUAAAGAUGUUGCAAUGAAUUUUAUUCGACUUCAUAAGCAAAAAGAUUUGGAACCUGUUCUAAUGAAAAUUGAUAUUGAUAUGACAAGUGAACAUAGUGUAGCAUUUGCUGAUAUUAGUAAUAUUAGUAAAUUUUCAGAGGAACACGAAGUUCUUUUCUCUAUCGGACCUAUAUUUCGUGUUAAAUCGGUCCAAUUUGAUGAUAAACAACAAAUAUAUAUAAUUCAUCUUUCAUUAAGUCAACAUGAUCAAUUAACUGUUAUUAAAUAUAUUGAACAAACGUAUGCAAAUAAUGUGAAUUCCGAUGAUCUAUCAAUUCUCUUCGGAAAAUUACUUUUUGAUAUGGGAAAAUGUGAAUCGGCAUUUACAUAUUUCUCAGAUGCACUUAAACGUUUAUCGGAUAAUAAUAAUCGAAUUCGAGCAACUUAUUUGAAUAAUAUUGGUAUAUGUUAUAAUGAAAUGGGAGAUAGAAAUGAAGCAUUAAAAUGUUAUAAAAAAGCACUUGACAUUUAUGAACAGACAAAUAAUAUUCGUGGUAUCGGUGCAUGUCAACAUAAUAUAGCAAGUAUCUAUUAUGUUCGAAGAGACUAUAAUAAAGCUAGUGGCUUGGCGUUGAAAGCGCUUAACAUUCGUCAAAAUAGUGUAGAACAAGCUUCAACUCAUGAUCUUCUUGGUUGUAUUUAUUUAACUUCAUUUAAUACCGAUGCUGCGAAGGAUCAUUUUGAACAAGCAUUAAUCCUACGAUUAAGAUCAUUGAAAGAAAUUAAUCCAUAUCAUCCUGAUAUUGGUGUAAGUUAUCAUAAUCUUGGUAAAGUCAAUGAAAAACAAUUCAAAUACAAUGAAGCUAAAGAAAAUUAUUCACGAGCUGCUGAAAUUUAUAGACAUAAUUUUCCACAAACACAUCCAUGGAUCAUACAAAUUAAGGAAUGUUUAGAACGAAUUCGAAAACAAUAG